AUGGCUUCUACUCAGGACGCCGAGGACGUCAAGUCCAAUAAGCGCAACCACGCGGAAUUCGCUGAACAAAAUGACUCCGACGACAGCUCCUCGGACGAUGACAUGGGCCCGCAGCUGCCCUCGGCGGCGGCCCCAAAGAAGAAACGCCGAGUAUUGCCAUACGAAAAAUUGUACAUAUCGGCACUUCCCAAAGCGCCGCGAUAUUCAAAGUCCUUGAUGCACAAGGAGCAGCUAGCUUUCGUCACUGUAACCCCCUUGACCGAAUUCCUUAUCACCAGCUCCGUCGAUGGCGUUGUCAAGUUCUGGAAGAAGGUGGCACAGGGUAUCGAGUUUGUCAAGGAGUUCAAGGCACAUGUCGGCGAAAUCAGAUCAGUAUCUGUCAGCCAGGACGGCCGCAGCUUUGCGACGGCAGGCGCUGACAAGAGCGUCAAGAUCUUUGAUGUGUUCACUUUUGACCUUCUCGCUAUGUUGACGCUCGACUAUACGCCCAAGGCCAUAUGCUGGGUGCACAAGCGUGGUGCAUCUCUGCCCAUAUUGGCUGUAUCGGACGACGAGAAACCCCUGAUCUACAUCUACGAUGGACGGGGAGAGAACCAAACGCCGAUUCACACCAUCAAAGGAUUGCACAAGAGUGUGGUUAGCGUCAUGGCUUUCAACGACGCUCACGAUUGUGUGAUUUCGGCAGACGAGGGUGGAAUGCUCGAGUACUGGAGUCCCAGUUCAAACUACGAGAAACCGGACAAUGUGUUCCAAUACAAGAGUUCCACGAAUUUAUUCGAUUUCAAAAAGGCCAAGUCUGCGCCAGUGUCUUUGAACAUGUCGCCGUCAGGGCAUCAGUUCGUAACAUACUCGUUCCCCGACCGCAAGAUUCGAGUCUUCGAAUUUGCCAGCGCAAAGCUAUAUAGAACAUACGAUGAGUCUCUGCAGGUCGUGGAGGAGAUGCAGCAAGCUGGAACGGCCAAACAGAAGCUUGAACCAGUCGAGUUUGGCCGGAGGCGUGCUGCAGAGCUGGAGAUUGAGUCUCCGGCGCUCAGGGACAAGGUCAAUGUCAUUUUUGACGAAUCCGGGAACUUUAUCCUCUACGGCUCCAUUCUAGGCGUCAAAGUGCUGAACACCUUCACCAACCAUAUUGUAAAGGUGUAUGGCAAGGACGAGAAUAUGCGGCCUGUCAACCUGGCCCUAUAUCAAGGCCAGCCUCAGAAGAAGGGACUGACCACGGUGGCCAUGGCAGCCUCAGCCAAUCCGUUGCUGCAAGAGGCAGAAUCGCGAGAUCCUAUCCUCAUUACCACGGCUGUGGGCAAGGUUCGAUUCUAUAUGUUUACGGACGACGCGGAAGUGUCGAAAUCGGACCGUGAUGUCCAGAAUGAGAAGCCGACCAUGCUCGGGGCCAAGAAGACGGAGCAAAAGAAACAGGCUGAGACGGGCACAUCGGCGGUCAUCCACACGACUUAUGGUGACAUUCACAUCAGGUUAUUCCCAGACGCUGCACCAAAGGCGGUUGAGAAUUUUGUCACUCAUUCGAAGCGGGGAUACUACAACAAUACAAUCUUCCAUCGGGUCAUCCGCAAGUUCAUGAUCCAGUGCGGAGAUCCGCUGGGCGAUGGUACCGGUGGCGAGAGCAUAUGGGGGAGGGAGUUUGAAGACGAGUUCAGCACGCUGAAACACGAUAAGCCCUACACAGUCAGUAUGGCCAAUGCUGGGCCAAACACUAAUGGUAGUCAGUUCUUUAUCACGACGGAGAAGACGCCAUGGCUUGACAACAAGCACACUAUCUUUGGCCGCGCGAUCCAGGGGCUGGACGUGAUUCACAAGAUAGAAAACGUACGGACGUACAAGGAAAAGCCAGAGGAGGAUAUCAAGAUACUCAAUAUUGAUAUCGCAUAG